AUGGCAUUCGGGGCAAAGGCACGAGUGUGGCUGGCAGGGCCCUGGCCGUCCCCGGGCAGGGCACGCGCACCGGGCGCCGGAGCCGCUCCGGCCCCCAAGGCGGUGCUGCCCUUCGAAGCCAUACCGCGCUGUCCCGGCAACAAGUGGACGAGGUUGCUGCAGAUCUGGAAGGAGCGGCGCCUGGAGAACCUUCACCUGGAGGUGCACCAGCUCUUCCAGGAGCUGGGGCCCAUUUUCAGGUAUGACGUGGGAGGGACACGCAUGGUGCUCCUGAUGCUGCCCGAGGAUGUGCAGAGGCUACAGCAAGUGGACGGCCAUCAACCGUGGCGGCCGCCCCUGGACCCCUGGCUGGCCUACCGACAGCAUCGAGGGCACAAAUGUGGCGUGUUCUUGCUAAACGGGCCCGAAUGGCGCAUGAACCGACUGAAGCUGAACCCAGACGUGCUGUCGCCUCAGGCCGUCCAGAAGUACGUGCCCAUGGUGGACUGGGUGGCAAGGGAUUUCUCGAAGGCCCUGAAGUCGCGAGUGCUGCAGAAUGCCCGGGGGAGUCUGACCGUGGACAUCCAGCCCAGCAUCCUCUACUACACCAUAGAAGCCAGCAAUCUAGCCCUUUUCGGAGAGCGGCUGGGCCUCCUUGGCCACAGCCCAAGUCCUGCCAGCCUGAACUUUCUCCGGGCUUUGAAGGCCAUGUUAAAGUCUACCGCGCAGCUCAUGUUCAUGCCCAGGGUCCUAUCACGCUGGACAAGCACCCAGCUGUGGAAGGAGCACUUUGAGUCCUGGGACUACAUCUUCCAGUAUGCCAACAAUGCCAUCCAGAAAAUCUACCAGGAGCUGGCCCUCAGCCGCCCGGAGCACUACAGCGGCAUCGUGGGGGAGCUGCUGACGCACGCGGACCUGAGCCUCGAGGCCAUCCGGGCCAACUCCAUCGAGCUCACCACCGGGAGCGUGGACACGACGGCCUACCCCCUGUUGAUGACUCUCUUUGAGCUGGCUCGAAACCCUGAAGUGCAGCGGGCCCUACGCCAGGAGAGCCUGGGGGCCGAGGCCAGGAUCUCGCAGGAUCCCCAGAGCGCAACCUCGGAGCUGCCCCUGCUGCGGGCGGCCCUCAAGGAGACCUUGAGGCUGUACCCCGUGGGGAUGUCUGUGGACCGCAAGGUGGCCUCGGACGUGGUGCUGCAGAACUACCACAUCCCGGCAGGGACACUGGUCAAGGUGCAGCUCUACUCCCUGGGUCGAAACCCCUCUGUGUUCGAGAGGCCCGAGUGCUACCAUCCCCAGCGCUGGCUGGACAACAGGGGCUCUGGCACCAGAUACCCACACCUGGGCUUCGGCUUUGGUCUGCGCCAGUGCCUGGGGCGGCGCCUGGCAGAGACAGAGAUGCUGCUGUUGCUGCACCACGUGCUGAAAAGCUUCCUGGUGGAGACGCUCAGGCAGGAGGACUUAAAGAUGACCUACCAGUUCGUGUUCGUGCCCUCCACCCGCCCCCUCCUCACCUUCCGGGCCAUCAACUAGUCACGUCACCGCGCCGUCGGGCCGGCAGUGCUGCCAGCCCCCUUCCGCCUGCCCCCGGCCACCCUCGUGUUCUCCCACGGACCCUGCUUCCGGAGCCACAGCACUGUCCAGCCGGCGCCUCGCACCGAGGGGCAGGGGGAUGAAUCUGGCCGCAGGUCCUGCCUGUGAGCCCAGUGCCACCAGCGCCUUCUCCAGCGAGGAGCGCCAUCGGAGGGCCUUGGCCCCCGUAGCCCCCAACACUAGCUCCAGGGGCUUCAGAUCCGCCCCCACCCCCACCUGCCUGUCCAAUCUCAUAUCCCCUCUGUACUCAACCCGCCCCCACGCGGAACAGACAGGUUGGCGCCCCUGUCCUGCUCACCGCCACUCCAAAGGCCAGACUCUUUGUCUGCAUUGGUCUUGCCAGCCUAGACCUUGAAGCGGGGCCAUGAGUCGUCCCCCUGCCUGCUCUGCUCAGUCCACUUGGGCUCCUCCCGGCCCUGCCAGUGCUCUGGGACUGUGACUGAAGCACCCAGCCGAGGGCCUGGGUAAGCAGGCCAGGAGUAUUGUUUCUUACAAUAGCCACCGAGCAGCUGAGGUGGACAUCUGGGCCCAUGAGACUCCUCUGAAAGCAGGGAGGAUGGUGAUCUCCCCUGGCGGGCUGCAGGGUGACCACAGAGAAGCCACCUCAGCCAGGCACAGCCACACGCUCCCUUUAACGAAGCCGUCUGUGUGCCGUGCCCGGCUGGCCUCCCACAGUGGCCCUCGGGACAAGGGCCACCCCUGACCUCAUGGGAGGAAGGGGUUUUGGACAGCUGUGAGGUGGCUGGGAUCUCCUAGAUGGCAGGAGCGAGCAGCCUGUCCCACGCUGCCUGCGGCCAGGUGACACCCCCGGCGUGGAAAGGGGCCGGGAGGCAAGGGUGAGUGGUGGGGCGGCUCUGCUCCCCCUCCUUCCCCACCCCCACCUCACCGGGGGAGAACUGGGCACUCAGCUCACAGCAAAGCAAUGACGGAGGGGCCGCACACGUGCCUGGGCCAGCCCCGGGCGCCCGCCGAGUGGCCCGCGGGCGUGUGUUCCCUGUGCGGACUCCCUGGAGGAGGAAAGAGCGUGCGCCCUCCUUGCUGGGCCCGGUGCAGGAGGGCUGCUGCCUGGAGGAGGUCUUCUCCGUGCCCCAGCCAGGCGCAGCUGAAGGGCACGUGGAGGCAGGAAGAGAGGGCCCUGGGGACCCUGGGGGCACACGGGCACAAGCUGGAGCUUGGGCUUGCCGCGCCGGCCCAGCCCUUCUCCCGCCGAGCUGUGAGCUCUUCCCGUGGGCACUCUAUGCAGCCAUUCCCCUUUCACAGGCCCCAGGGAGGCAGGUCGGCCUUGGGAAAGGGCAGCUGCUUCAGUAGGCGCUCAGCAGGGGGAUCGUGGCUCCUGCCACUGCCAAGUCUCCUUCCCUGAGGCCCUGCCCUGUGGGGACACCUGCUGGCUGCUGGCGGGCAGGCCCGGAAUCCAAACUGCUCCCCUGGAGGCAGUGUGUGUGAGUCCCUCUGUGCAGCGGGGCACAGGCUCUCCUGAUCUUCAUGGCAGCCCUGGCAGGUGAGCACCGGGACUGUCCCCGUGUCGCCCGCGGCAAAGCUGAGGCUCAGAGAAUUCGUGCAGCCGCACGGCCUCGCAGCUCGUCCCUGGCAGAGAUGCCAGCGGAACGCCCGCCGCCGGGCCCUCCUCUCGAGGCCUUGGUGCCUCCUCCGCCUCCAAGGACCUUGGAUCGAGAGUGGCGUCACACGUCUUGCAAACAUCCUGCAGUGAAAGCGUCUCCGGGUCGUCUCCUGCUUCUCUGUGCUCCUCCAGCCGUGCUGUAUGAGUGCUUCGUGGGGGUCCCUUUUCGUGUAACCUGCGUGCCGUCUCCUGAGGUUUGGCUGUGGGUGUCCGUUGGGCUCUUUCUCAAAA